UGCAUUGGGUUCUGGUGCCCCUGCUGUCUCUUGUGUCAGCUCAGUACAGACUUAGGAGAGUGUCUCUGUCUCCCCCUGCUGGACAUUUUCUCUGGCUGCAUCCCAUCUACUUCUCUGGCCCUCAGGAGCAACAUGAGUGAGAGGUACCGCAUCCAGGUAGAGUGAAACUACCCUGAUGUUACUCGUCUGAUAACGUAACAUCUCCAAUAAUGAAAUUAACCAGUGUAUCAUACACACAGAGCUGUCAAGUGAUGCUAGACAAGAUCAAUAAACACACAAUCAUAAUGAGGGCCAUAAUAGGUCCACUGACAUUUAUCACUGAAUAGGACCAAAAUAAUAAAUGUGAUGUGAUCGUGGGAGUAAAAGCCACUUUAUUCAAGUGAUCUGACACCCAUCUAUUUCAUAUCUUCCCCACCAUCACUGCCUGUAGGGAACCAUAUGCACCGACUGCCUCAUGGUCACCUGCUGCCCCAUCUGUGCCUGGUGCCAGAUGGCAAGCGAGUUGAAGUUACGUCAGCGCCCUCUCCUCCGUGUCAAUGUCGCGUCCUCUGUCCAGGUCAACAUACAUCCCCCUCACCCCUUGUCUCAUCCCUCUUACCCCUCUACGCCUCUACAGCCUAUGCCUGUUGGACUCUACCCCUUUGCGCCA